AUGUUAGGAGAAACUUCAGAACAUAUAAACAUAAGUGAAGAUGAAAAAAAAUAUAUAAAUAUAAUAAAAAUUAUUCAACUUAGAGAACAAUAUAAGGUAAAAUCUAUGAAUAAUUCUGAUAUAUAUAAUUGUCUAGUAGAAUCAUUAAGUUCUUCAAAUAUCAAUAAUAAGAUAAAACAAAAAACAUUAAAAUAUGAUUAUGUAGAUUUAGAAAGAGAAAAUCAUAUAUUUUCUAGUUCUAUUAAUAAAAUAAAUAAUAUAUCUAAUAACAUUUUAUAUGGUAGUAAUUCCUUUGAUUUUUCAAAUAAUUAUUUAAAAAGAUAUUAUUUAUCAAAUUCAUCAAAUAAUAGUGACAAAAUAUAUAAGAAAUCAAACAAUGAAAAUCUUAUAAAAAAUAAAUACAUAAAAGGUAAGAAAAAUAAAUACUUCAAAAGCAUGAGUGAAAAUGACAAUUCAUUUAUAAAAAACGAAAAUUUAUAUCCAAUUAUAAGAAUGAAAAGCAGUAACAUUUUAAAUUUUUCUAAAGAUACCUAUGAUAAAAGCUUCAGUAUAUUUAAUGAAAAUCUGUAUCCACUUAAAAACUACACUUAUACUUCUAUAACAAGAAAAGAUGAAAACAUAUGUAAUGAAUUUUAUGAAAAAAGUUAUACAACAGUUUAUUCUAAAUAUAAUACCUUUAAAAAAAAAAAAUUAAUAAAGAGUAAAACAUUUAAAAUAGAAAAAAAAAAAAAAAAUUAUUAUAAACAAAAAAUAAAAAAUUUUAGUAAUAUAUAUUAUAAAAAAAUAAAAGGUAAAGAAAAAGAAGAAAAACAAAAAGAUAAUUUAAAAGACAAAAAAAAAAAAAAUUCAAAUAGAGAUAUUUUUUUUAAUCAUAUGUUUAAAAGUUCGUCUAUUUGUGAAUCUCUUUCUGCUUCUAAAAUAAAAUAUUUAAAAGAAGAAGGAAAUUUAAACAAUGAAGAACAUGAUCGUGAAGAAUAUAUUAAAUGUAUUUUUCUUUCUAUUAAAAGACAACAAAAAAAAAAUGAUUUUUUAGAAAAAAAUGCAGAACAUAUGUUAGAUUUAAUAGAACUUUUACUUUAUAAAAGAAUGAAAGAAAUGUUUCUUUUCAAAAAAAAAAUUUGUAGUAAAGAUAAAUAUAAAUCAUUGUUCCCCAAUAUUUUUUAUUUUAAUAACAAUGAUGAUUUAAUAGAAGCAAUAGACAAAAAAUUGAGAUUUUUACCCAAAAUUCCAGCUAAAGAAAAUUUAACUUCAUAUUGUGGGCCAUCUUCUUUUGAAAUAUUCGGAAAAUAUUAUUCUUCAUAUAAAUAUGAUUAUAAAUUAAUUAAAGUAGAUGUUAAAUUGUAUAAAUAUUCAGAAAUAUUUAAUAAUGCAAAUAAAUUUUGUAAUAAAGAAUUAAAAUAUAAAAAUUAUUUUGAAUUGUUAAAUAAUUAUAAAAUAAAAGAAAAUGACUUAAAUCAAAAUGUUAGAAAAGCAAAAAAAAUUAACAUACCUAAAAAAAACAUACUUUCAUUUUGUAACUAUAUAUAUAAAGUUAAUUCAAAUAAAAAAGAAAUAGGAAAUGUAAAAAAAAAAGAAACAUGUUACAUAAAAGUAAAAGAAAUACCUAACGAAUUAAUCAAAGUUUUAAAAUUUAAAAAUAUAACUAUUAGAUAA